UGGUAGCAUCUGCAUUCUAAGCAGGGGAGAACGCUUUCGAGUUCCUUGACUUGAGCCUAGGUUAGCAUUAAAAACAGAAGCCCAGAGGCAGCCAGCCAUGCUCCGCUGCUCCUACUCCCUUCCCGGGACCUGUCCCUGAUGUCAUAACUGGGUAACUAUGACAGCUUGUCAUGGGGACAGCUAGGCACCUCACAGAGGAGCCCGGGUACCUCAUUUCUGAAGUGAGACUAGGAAGAGAAGAUGAACAAUUCCCUGGAUUAUCUGGCCUACCCUGUUAUCGUCUCUAAUCACAGGCAAAGCACAACCUUCAGAAAGAAACUGGACUUUGGCCACUACAUAUCUCACAAGAAUAGAAUACAAAUAGUGAAGCCUACUGUUGAUACCAAACCUCCAGUGGCGCACACACAUCACAUUUUAAAAUUGAGCAAACUACAGGGUGAACAAAAGAAAAUCAACAAAAUCGAGUAUGAAAACAAGCAACUGUGUCAGAAAAUCGCAAAUGCCCAUCGUGGCCCUGCCAAGGUGGAUUGCUGGAAUGAAUAUUUUUCCAAGAGCUUAAACAGAGAAACGAGGAACCGCGAGCUAGUGAGAAUCACCAUGGAAAACCAGGGCAUUCUGAAGAGGCUUGUUGAUCGCAAACCCCACUAUGACCGCAGGGCAUCUGAGAUAGCUUCAAGAAUUCAAGGCGCUAUAUCAGAAAUACUACGAGAUAUCUUCUCUCCCAAAAUGAAUAGGUUAUUCACCAUGGAAAAGGUACAAGAGAAGGCCCUGGGAUUUCCUGGCUGCUUAGAAUCGUAAGACACUCCUGAGUGGCUGAAUGCUCAAUCUUCAGACGCUUCAAUAAAGCUUGGAACAUAAAAUGUGUAAGUUACAUUUAGGGGACCCAAAGGCUUUACGUUCUCAUUCCAAAAUGGGGCAGGCAGAAGGAAAGAUGCAAUGAGCAUUUUUAUUUGGGGCUAUGAAAAGAAGUUUUAACGAGAGAAAGAGAGAGAGAAAUCAGAGAACUCUUUAAAACAUACACCAUCAUCACCAUCCCACGGAAGAAGAAAAGCUGGGGUGAGAUCAUCCAGCCACAAGUACAGCACUGUCAAAAUGGAAAACAAAAUCACAUGACAACAUCAAGGUUCAGAAAACACAAGGAACAAGUGCCGUUAGUUCCUCUGUGAAUAUACACAAUUGGAAAAGAAUGCCUCAUUGAAGUUUCCAUGGACUCUGUUCAUUUAUAGGGAGCAGCAGCAGUGAAAAUAUCUCCAAACAUAUGGUGUGACAAUGAUGCAGGCCUGCUAUGACUGGUCGUGCUAGUUUUUAGCCCAAUUAUAUUAGUCAGCAUUUUCCAAAGAGACAGACUCAAUAGGAGAGAGAGAGAGAGAGAGAGAGACAGAGAGAGAGACAGAGAGAGGAUUUAUUUGGGGAAUUGGCUCACAAGAUCAUGGAAGCUGAAGAAGUCCCACCAGAGGCCAUCUGCAAGCUGCAGACCCUGAUGCAGCAGGGCAGAUAACCCCCAAAGUGGGACUUAGCCUGCAAGGGUUCUUGGCUUCACCCAGGAAAGAAUUUAAGGGUGAACCAGUGGUAGGGUAGAAGAAGACAGUUUUAUUGAAGCAGCAGUGUUACAGCUCUGGCAGUGUUACAGCUCCAUGACUGCUCCUGCAGAACAGGGCUACCCCAUAGGCAGAGAGCUUUGCAGUCAUAGUUAUAUUUACUUUUAAUUACAUGUAGAUUAAGGGGCAGUUUGUGCAGAAAUUCUGGGAAAAGGGUAGUUUGUUUUUGUUUGUUUGUUUUUUUGAG